GGAAAUUGGGGCAAGAGGAUUUAAGCGUUUAUAAAGAAAGCAUCAAGUCCGGUGCAAAAACUGCCGAGGCGUCGGUCUCGCCCUGCUUAAGCCUGUUUCUUUUCAUCAGGCCCUCCAGGUGGCCGUGCAAGGAGACAGUGGGAUAGCAUCAUUCCCUUCUCCAGGGAGGCUGUGGAAGGUAGUUCUGGCAUGCUCAGUGCCUUAAACCUUGCUCUACAGAGUAUGCUGUACCUUGAGGCUGCACCUACGCUGACAGCUCAGGCCAGGCUAUCCAGGUGUCUGGAGGAAGCAGUCUAGCAUGCAGGCAGAAGCCAGAUGCUCCCCCUGAGCACGUUGGAGCCAUGAAGGAAAGCAUUCAAGACAAGAAGUACUGGGGGGCUUCCCCCAGCCUCCAUGACCCCGUAGGACAUCAAGACCAGUUUUGCAGGGCUUCCCGGGAAUGGAGCGAACCGGAGCAUAAACAUGGCGGUUGCUUUGAGGGAAGCAGGCACUUGGCCUGCGCCAAGAAACAGCUUCCGAGUUUUGACCCCUUAUCCUCCAGCAGUGAUGAGGAGCAGGAAGGCAAAUGGGAUCUCUCCUGCAUGUCUAGCUGGGGAGUAGCGGGGGGGCCUUCGGAGCUCUCUCGGAACAAAGCUGGCAGGGGGAAGAUUGCCAGGAGUGGGGGGCGCGCCUGGCCCUUUGAAGUAGGGACCGGCUCUCAUUCCAGAAGGCGUCCACAACUGCUGGGGACCUCCAGGCGACAUUGUUUUCGCCGCCGGCGACAGCGUGCCCUGCGGGCCUUCCGGAUGUUCCUGUAUUCUAAGAGCUCCUCCCUGGCAUUCCAAUGGAAGCUUUGGGGCAAGAUGGCUGCCAAGGGGCGCCGACGAGGAGGGGCAAAGCGGGUCCGGUCAUCCAUGUCUCUCUCCCCUGGCUCCCAGCCAGAUGAUGACCACCUUCCCGUCUAUAAGAAAAGCUGCCCUUUGGGGGGAGAGGAGGAGGACUGCCAAAGUGGGGCCAAGGGCCGGCCCCACCCUGCUGGCUACAAGCCACACUCUUCUGAGCCCCACCUGGACUACGAAUUGGGUGGAGCCUUCCCCCCAUCUCCAUCCACACCUCAGCCCUCCCGUCUCAGCUUGCUGGGAGCCCUGAUGGAGGAUGCUUCCUCCUAUCCUCAGUAUGUGGAGCUGCAGCGGGUGAGCUUUGACAAGGACGCUGGCGCAGUGGACCUAGAGGAAGAAGAGUCUGCCGCUCUCCUCAAGUACCCUGCGAGGGGAGCCCAGGCUUCCCCCAGGACUAGGAAGAUGGGAGAGCCGGAGCACAGCCUGGACGGCGAUGGAGACCCUCUGGAUGCUCUUCCCAAUGGCUUUGCUUCUCUCCCUCCUGAUGGUGACCUCUGCUCCCUCCCCGGAGUCCCAGACGCCACGAUCCUCAUCAGCAAUGUCUGUAGCAUUGGAGGCCAUGUGGCCGAGGAACUUUUCCAAGGCCCCCGAGACAAGGACAGGCUGCUGGAUCCUUCGGCCAUCAGGCUCGAAGCAGGGAGCCAACAGGCAGAUUUAGCUCCUGAGGAUGCCGAAGAGAGGCUUGGGGAGAACAUGGCUCAACCCAGUCUGCUGCGGGAAGAACACAUAACGUGUGUGCACAAUAUUUUGGAUGAAUUCCUGCAGACAUACGGCAGCCUAAUUCCCGUCAGCGUAGACGAGGUUGUGGAAAAGCUGGAGGACAUUUUCCAGCAGGAGUUCUCUACCCUACAGAGGAAAAGCCUGGUGAACCAGCUGAUCCAGUCCUAUCAACGCAUGCCAGGCAACGCCGUAGUACGGACCUUCCGUGUCACUUACAAACGCCAUGUUGUCACCAUGGAUGACCUGCAGACCCUUUUUGGGUCGAAUUGGCUCAAUGACCAGGUCAUGAACAUGUACGGGGAUCUUGUUAUGGACACAGUGCCAGAAAAGGUUCACUUUUUCAACAGUUUUUUCUAUGAUAAGCUACGAACCAAGGGGUACGAUGGAGUGAAGCGCUGGACCAAAAAUGUGGACAUCUUCAACAAGGAGAUCCUUCUGAUCCCCAUUCACCUCGAGGUUCACUGGUCACUGAUCUGUGUGGAGGUGAAGCAGAAGAAAAUCACUUACCUGGACUCCCAGCGCACCCUGAACCGGCGGUGUCCCAAGCACAUCUGCAGGUACUUGCAAGCAGAAGCAGAUAAGAAGAACCGCCCCGACUUCCGAGAGGGCUGGAAAGGGGUUUUCCAGAUGAACAUCGCCAGACAAAACAACGACAGCGACUGCGGAGCCUUCGUCCUGCAGUAUUCCAAGUUCCUGGCGCUGGGCCUCCCCUUCACCUUCACGCAACAAGACAUGCCGAAACUCCGCCGACAGAUGUACAAGGAGCUGUGCCAUUGCAAACUCAUUGCAUGACAGCCCAUCUACGCCCCGCUCCCCCCGCCCCCCCCUCGGACAGAGCGGAAGCGUCGUCCUUUCCUCCUCGGCCCAGGAGCGCCUCUUCGUCCGGCCAGGGGGCAGGUCCGAACCUCACUGGGUUUCAGGCAGAGACAAGGGAACUCCCGAGGUUUGAUAAACCGGACUUACGUGGGAGGGAGGCAUUUUUUACCCAAGUUGCCCCCCACCCUUCUUUCUUUUCUUUCUGGUCUUUUUGUUUGGUUUUUGUUCAUAUUUAAACCCAGGACAGGGUGGCAUUUCUCUCGGUUGUUUCAUUUGGGAAGGGGGGAGGGUUGGGGGUUGGAGCUGGGGAUGGCUGAGAUGGGAGAUCUGCACCUCGCCUGCUCUCUGCAGUUGCUCACUCCAGAUCUGAGAAAAGGGUGUGGGGUCCUGAAAUUAGGACCAGGAGGGGAGGGAGAAGAGGAGUCAAUCCUGCCCCCCCCUCCCUGUUGGCUUCUUUGUGUUAGUGAAUAAUGUAUUUUUUCCCGAGGGGGAAGGAGUUGAAGAGGGAAGGGGCUGUGGUGGGUGGGGGCAGGGACAGGUUUCUACACUGGGGCCGAGAUAACCGAAACAAGCAUUUUUUAUACGUUGGCUGCCAUUGUGGGUAAUAAAAAAUGUUCUUUCGAGAAGCAUACAAGCGAG